UUCAGAUCUAUUAUAAUUCUUCGAAGGAAUUGUGGUCAUCUUUUCCUAAAAUACAUCCUGCCAGCCGUAGCUUCUGGACCAGGAAUUGGUGUCGAAGAAGUGAAAGUGAUAAUGCAUAACAGUGUUUUUUGGUGUGUGAUGGUUGUUUGGUAGUGGUAACUGCACUGCGUGUCUCCAAUAAGGCUCGAUUUACAGUUGUUAUAAAAACAGCAGGAAAUUUUUCGUCGAAGACCUUGACAACUUUUUGCAGCGGUGCUGAGCAUAAGUGUAUCGUGAUUUUGUUUCGUCAUAUUUCAGUGAGAUGCGGCCGUUUCAUUGGGAGGAGUAGGAGGAGGAAUGGACCAUGAGCACCUCAAUCAAGGCAGCCUUAACAUAAGUGAUGUCAUUGAAGUCAUCAAGACAACAGAUCCUGAAUUUGUGGACAGUAGUGGUAGGAUGUAUGGUGGUGGUGGCGGCGGCGGUCCUGUGGCGGCAGCCACUAUGGAGGAUGCGCAAAAGGCGGCAGCAUAUGUCAGAAUUGUCGAGCAGCCAGCACCAAAGGCACUUCGCUUCCGGUAUGAGUGUGAGGGACGGUCAGCUGGGAGCAUACCUGGUGUAAAUAGUACGUCAGAAAAUAAGACCUUCCCAACGAUCAAGGUGGAAGGAUACAAGGGUCGUGCUGUUGUGGUAGUGUCCUGUGUGACAAAGGAUCCUCCAUACCGCCCACAUCCUCACAAUUUGGUUGGCAAGGAAGGCUGCAAGCGAGGUGUGUGCACAGUGGAGAUAUCACCUGACAACAUGACUGCCUCUUUCUCCAACCUAGGCAUCCAGUGUGUCAAGAAGAAGGAUAUUGACGAAGCUCUCAAAACUAGGGAAGAGAUUCGUGUGGAUCCUUUUCGCACGGGAUUUGCACAUAGAAGUCAACCAACAAGCAUAGAUCUUAAUGCUGUCCGAUUAUGCUUCCAAGUGUUCCUAGAAGGCAGUGAACGUGGGAAGUUCACCUUUCAGCUGCCACCAGUUGUCUCAGACCCAAUUUAUGAUAAAAAGGCGAUGUCUGACCUAGUUAUCUGCAAACUGAGUGACUGUACUGCAACAGUGGCUGGUGGAAAAGAGAUUAUUCUUCUCUGUGAGAAGGUUGCCAAAGAGGAUAUCCAAGUACGUUUUUUUGAGGAGCAGGGUGGACAGGUUAUGUGGGAAGGAUUUGGUGAGUUCCAGCCGACGCAAGUCCACAAGCAAGUUGCAAUCUGCCUCCGAACGCCACGUUACCGCACACUCGAUGUUGACCGACCUGUACGUGCUCACAUCCAGUUACGUCGGCCCAGUGACGGUGCUACAUCCGAGCCCCUGCCCUUUGAAUUGAUACCUUUGGAAUCAGAUCCAAAGAGAAAGAGGCCAAAAGAGAUGCGUAUACCCGAGGUGGAAAAGGCGAUGCUCCAGCAAUUUGGCAGUGCAAUGUAUGGGUCCUCAGUGCAUCAAUUACCAAUCCAAACGACUGCCCAAGGACUUGAGCAGAAACCUUCACCCCAGCUCCAGAUGCAAAUGCCAGUAUUGCAUCAUCCAACCAUCAAGAGGGAACCAGUAGAAACGGUGACCACACCAGGACCGUCCCCUUACAUGUUUGCUGGUGCUCAAUCACCAAUGUUUGUUGGUACUGUGUCUGCAUCUGCAAGUCCAGCACAUAGUGUAGGACGGACACCAUCACCCAUGGACUAUGUUAUGCCACAGCCACAGCAACAGCAACCUCAACAGCCAUCACCUCACCAGCACCCUCAUCAUCAGCAACAACAGCAGCAGCAGCAGCAGAACUAUCAGAUGGAAGCUAAAUUACAGGAAAUACUGGCAGCUGGUAGGCUGCAGCCAGCACAGUUUCCAUCUCAGGCGCACACUGUGCAGCAUCCAGUACAAGCUCCGGUACAAGUGCCUCAGCAGAGGAUAGCAGAUGUAACCAGUGGUGCUGGAGGUGGCACUGAACUCCUAGACCUGGACAGUCAGCAACUGAGUUUGGGAAACAUCGACUCAGGCGAUUUGGCUAACUUUGGUCUUUUCUACAAUUCACUAUCGGAGAAUCUGUCCAGCAACUUGAACCUCACAGAUGGGGGAGGUGCAGCUGCAAAUACAGAGGCAGCUGGUGGCACUAACAUGACUGACAGCCUGACAAGACUCGCAAACACUACCAUGCAGGACAUUUGCAGUCUGAACAGCAUGUAUAAAGGAACUGGACACUGACAGUCUGCUAAUGCACAAGGUGCAAGCAAGAUCCCUGCAAAUCAUGGAAGUAGGAGAUCUGAGUGGAGAGUAGCCUCCAGCAGAACAGUGAAUGUGUAAGUAGUAACUCCUGUGAGGAUAAUGAGUGUAGCACUAACAAAUGUGGUGGGACGCAACAACGACAUCCAGUCAGUUUGCUGUGCAAUAAAAGAAACUGGACUUCAGUACACCUAGGAAAAGUAAUGACAGAUUAUACAAAUAGAGAACGGUACAGUUCAGACGUAGCAUUUUCUAGUGAAUUCAGGUGCAUCAUUUGUCCAGUUAUGAACCAUCUGCGUCACACCAUGAGAAAUUCGAGAAGUGAUCUCGGUUUGAUGUCGUACAUUAUGUGCAAUGAAAGUUGGCUGUGGAGUGCACUUGGGUCUCCAGUGCUAAGUGCUCUUGAAACUUGUAAAACAAUGUACAAAGCUGGCAGGAAAUGACUAUAUUAAGCAAAUUUGUGUAAAUGUUAUUGAUGAAUGUUGUUUUUAUGAGGCUUUUAUCCGUUGUACAUUUUAUUCAUGUGGACUUUUAUUUGUAUAUUUUAUACAAAAACUUUUAUAGCAGGAAAAACAAAAUACUACUGUUGCUCACUUUUAUUCUGUAAGCCAAUGGCUUACAGUAAACAGUGUACACUGAUUUUAUUUCAGUUGUUGUAUUUGAGUAUAAUAUACACAUUUAAUUUUCAUACUUUCUCUGAUCUCUCAGCCUGGUAUUUAAUUGAUUUUUGUAUCUGCAGUAGUGACUUUGUAUUGAUUUCAUGUAUUUUCUUAUGCACUUUGAAGUACAAGCCAGUUAUACAAACACAGUUAAAAUAAAUGUGACUGCAGAUCCAUUACUUGCAUGAGAAAU